AUGGAACGGGCAUCCGGCAGGAGAAGCGCAGCUGCUAUUCGCCCACACUGGGAGCAUCGGAGGAAAAAAAAUCGUUUCUAUGAACAGCUUAACACAGCUGUGAACGCGACGCCUUUCGAACACCAGUUGUUUGAGCUGGGUGACUUCAACGCACGAGUGGGUUUAGAUCACGACAUAUGGCGUGGGGUACUGGGAAGAAAUGGGCUUGGUAAAGUGAAUUCAAAUGGAAUCAGGCUUCUUGAGUUCUGCGCAGUUCAAAAGCUGGCUGUGACAAACACGGUCUUCCAACAGUCAAACAAGCUAAAGACUACAUGGAUGCACCCACGAUUGGGACAUUGGCACCUGAUCGACUACGUCAUCAAAAGACAAAGGGACCUACGCAACGUUCGCCUCACAAGAGCGAUUCGAGCGACAACUCUAUGGUCGGAUCAUCGUCUUGUCAAAAUGUCCAUAUUUUUGUUGGUCAAGCCAGUCAAAAGGCAUCAUAGGGUGAGAAAACAUCUAAUUGCCUCGCUUUUCAAAAGAUUCACAACAAAGACCAAAGGCGUAAAGUUAGCCGAUCUUAAAACUUUAAAGGGGAGGUGCAAAAAUUUUGAAAAUGUUUACAUUUUUACAUGCGAGCCAACAUCUUUUGUAAUCUGGAAGGUAUUGGCCCAUGGUUUCUCUAGAUCCGCUUUUGGUAGCAGCAGUAAUAAUUAG